AUGAGCUCCUUCACGUCCUCGUCCUUCGUCAUCCCCGACAUACCACGCUCCCGCUCCCCCUCCUCCCCCGACAGCGACGACGACGACCUCAACUCGCUCCCGUCCAUCUCGAGCAGCAUCCUCGACUCGGAAGCGGACUCGUCCGACGCGCAGCGGGAGUGGGAGGCCAGCCUGGAGCAGCUGCAGCUCCUGCUGACCAUGAUCAUUAUGCCGUUUGCGGGCAAAUUCUUGGGGCGCAAGUUUGCGUACUGGAGCUGGGCGAGAUACAUGGAGUGGAUGCAUAACGUCGAAAUUCGGUGGACUAGCAAACAGGCAUUCAAGGUCGCGGGCGCGGUCGAGGCAGCGGCGUCGUUAUGA